CAGACUCUCCUUAGUAGAUAGUUUGUUCUAUUUAAAGAUGUUUCUGAAGAAUUGCUCAGAAUAUUCAAUUCUUGCUCUUAUUCCUCUGGCUGUAUGGAGUAUUGUGGUGAAUAUCUUGCUCUACUUUCCUAAUGGAGACAACACGUAUGCUGCCAACAAUCAGCUGACAAAUUAUGUCUGGUAUUUCCAAGGGAUCUGUUUUGGGGGCAUUAUGAUGAUCAUUUUAUCCACUGUCCUUCUUUUGGUGGAUUUUUAUAAAUGCAGCUCAACAUGCUGUUCUGGGAAACAACUGUAUCACAUACAUUGCUCUAGACUGGGGUCUGCCCUGUUUGCUCUGCUGGGUGUGUUAUUUUCUGGAUAUUCUCUGAUCAUCUCCUCCCUGGGACUGUCUCAAGGCCCAUACUGCAGGACAAACACUGGAUGGAGUUACCCGUUUGCCAGCACAGGUGGAGGGUAUCUUGUGGCAUCUUCUACAUGGUCUCAAUGUUUAGAACCCGGUUAUAUUGUGGAGUGGAACAUCAUCUUGUUCUCUAUUCUAAUAGCCCUCAGUGCCCUUCAAGGGAUCAUCUGCCUCUUUAAAGUCAUAUAUGAUGUGAUGGGGGUGAUGUGUGGGACGCACAAGAUUUUAGCACAGCCAGAUCCAAUUUAAGUUGCAAAGAAAACACAUGUACUUUGGAAUUGGAUUUAAUGAGUGUUAUGAAGUCAAUAAUACCCAGAAUCCUCGGUGUUUAACUGAGAGUUGAAGAACAACUAGACUUUGUCCUAAAUUAUUUGAAAAGAAAAAAGUUACUGCCAAUUUACUAUACCGUAUGUUCUGCUAUAUUUGUUCUCUCUUGUGUGUUACUUCUGUUUAUUAAGUUUUUCGCUAACUGCUCCAUAAAAGACUCUCAUUUUC